AUGGCCAGCAAAGAAAUCACCGUCAUUCUGCUGGACGUCGGCCCGACCAUGUCUGCGCCGACAGCGGGCGGUGCUGGGCCGUCCUUCCUCGAGAACGCAGUGAAGGGCAUUGACAUGCUCGUUCAGCAGAAGGCAACUGAGACGCGCGAGCAUGGUUGGAGCGAUGACCAACUGCGCCGCGCUAGUGGUGGGCAUGCUUCGCAUGUCAUGUCUGUGUUUACCAAUCGCAAAGAUUUGAUCAGUCUGGUCCUUAUUGGCACGAAAGACACCAACAACGAGCUGGCGCAGGGUGGACAGUACCAAAACAUUACUGUGGCACGCCCUGCUGAAAUCCCGGAUCUUCAGCUUGUCCGGUAUCUGCAAGAUCAAAUCAAACCCGGCAAAGUUCACGCAGAUUUUGUCGACGGCCUGGUCGUCGCCAUCGAUCUCAUCAUCAAAGCUGUGGCAACGAAAAAGUUCGACAAACGCAUCAUGCUCUUUACUGAUGCACGCUCACCGUACAAUGAUGAUGGCGUGUCUGAGAUUGUCGACAAGCUGAAGCUGAUGGAGUGCGCUGUUAGCGUCAUUGCCGAUUUCGAUGAUCCUGCUCGCAAAGUGUUCCACGCCAAAACCAAGCAGCAGCGUGCUGGAGAGGCCUUCCUGUCGACUCUCGCCGAAGAAACCAAUGGUCUCACGGCAUCGUUCCGUCGAGCGCUUGAAAUGCUUGCGCGUUUUCGUGCCCGCCAAGUCAAGCAGGUUACCACCUUCCGCGGAGAUUUGAACAUUGGCUCCAUCAAUAUUCCUGUUUACAACUACACGCGCACCGCCGAGGCAAAAGUCCCAACCUUCAAAAAGCUUUCCGCAGUCGCUCAACAAGCCGCCGAACCUGGUGAUAUGGAGGUGCGGAGAGAGACGUCGUACUUUUUGCAAGAAGACGAGGAGACCGAAGUGCAAAAGGAAGACAUCACUCGUGCCUACAAGUACGGCAAGGAUUUCAUCCCAUGGAGCUCCGUCGAUGAGUCUACGAUGAAGCUCUCGUCCCACAAGUGUCUCAGUGUGUUGGGCUUUACCGCUGCCAGCAAUAUCCCGCGCCAGCUGCUCAUGGGUGGCGCAGUCGCAGUGGUGCCGCAACCAGGAGACGCUGUUGCAUCCAAAGCCCUGUCUGCCUUUGCCCAGGCGAUGGUGCUCCAGAAAUCGGUGGCGAUUGUGCGCUACGUGUUUCGCGAAAACGCCAAUGUGCGCUUGGGCUGCUUGCACCCCGUGAUUAGUGCUGAGCACUUUUAUCUCUUGUACAACUCGCUGCCCUUCGCCGAAGACAUGCGCGAGUAUCCGUUCACAACCCUGCACCAGAAGCGCUACAUGCCCUCAGCGGAGCAACUCAAGGUGGUUGACGGUCUCAUUGACAAGCUUGACUUGACCAUGGCGUACCACGACCAGGAAGGAAAUGCCAUGGAUGCGCUGCAUCCCAAGCUCAGCUUCAACCCCGUGUUGCAACGCGUCUACCAGUGCGUCAAGCAGCGCGCGCUGCAUCCCGACGACGACAUUCCUCCGCUCGACCCUUUGAUUGAAAAGUACGUCAAUCCGAGCCAAGAUAUUUUUGCGCGAGCACAGGCCGAGCUUGACCGUGUUCGCCAGGCCUUCCCGUUGCAAGUCAUUGAACGCAAGGAAAAGGACGAGGCCGUCAAGCUGUGGAACGAAGCCGAUGCUCCUGUGCUGAAUGUUGAUCCAGUCGAUUUGCUGGGCGGUGCGUCGCAUGCAGCCAAGAAAGUCAAGCUCGAAAAUCCCGACGGAAACGCAGGUCCUGUCACGUUGGACUCGCUCUCGAGUGGUCAGGUGAUGGAGGUUGGCUCUAUUGAUCCGAUCAAGGACUUUAGGACGAUGGUGUCGAGCAAGACUCGGGAUCUCGUGUCCACGGCCGUUGCGCAGAUGAAGAAGCGCAUCAUCCAGCUCAUCACCGAGUCCUUUGGCUCGAAUCUCUUUCAAAAGGCAUUCGACUGCUUGAAAGUACUUCGGAUUGAGUGUGUGCGGUCGGACGAGUCUGCGCAAUUCAACGAUUUCAUGGGUCUUCUGAAACAAACCACCUCGAACAAGCACCACAACCCGCAGCACUACGAAUUCUGGCAAUUGAUUGUCAAGGCAAAGAUUACUCUGAUUUCUUCUGACGAAGCCUAUGACAGCGAGUUCCUUGAAGAUGCCGUUGACGAUUCGGCCCAAGUUGCAGUUGCCACCCCGAAGGAUCAAGAUGUGGACGACUUGAUGGACAUGAUGGAGUAA